UACAAAGCAAAGUUUGUCCAAAGGAAAGGAAGAGGAAGUGCUUAUUCGCUUUGAGAAACGAUUUCAUGUCGAUUUGGUUCAACUUGUUCGUUACGUCACAAAGGAUUGUAUUCACUAGUCGUCAAUCCUUUAUUCGUCCUUGCCACUUUUCUCGUUGUGUAGUUACUUUCCACUCAGGACUACACCAUUUUCCUUCUCGUCGUAGUGAUUUUCCAUUCGUGAUUGGAAAAAGUUUUCAGUCUUUUGCUAUGGCACAUAAGGAAGUUGGUCUCGACCCUCCAAAGGAUCCAAAGGCAGACACCAUUUUUGGUAAGAUAGCUAGAAAAGAAAUCCCGGCGGAUAUUAUUUACGAAGAUGAUUGGUGUCUUGCUUUUCGUGAUAUCAAUCCACAAGCACCUUUCCACGCACUUGUCAUUCCCAAAAAACCAAUAUCACAAUUAUCUACUGCACAACCUGAAGAUCAGAGUUUGUUGGGACACCUCAUGUUAGUCGCACCCAAAGUUGCGAAACAAGAAGGACUUCAGAGUUUCCGCCUUGUUGUAAACGACGGAAAGGACGCCUGUCAGUCGGUCUAUCACUUGCAUCUACACAUUCUUGGUGGCAGAUCUCUAGGUUGGCCUCCAGGUUAAGGACAGUUAUACAUAGAUAGCUUUUUUAAACAUAAUAUUUGUAUCAGACAAGUAUUUGCUGUUG